AUGCUCUUUGCGGCCGGUGUCCUGAUCCUCCAUGCUCAGUGGUUCACUGCUCGACCAAAAGGCGCAGAUAUGUUUACGCUAUCUCUCCGGGCGCUGACCGUCAAGCGGCUAUCCACUAUUCCAGCCCGAGCGUUUUCCCUAACCGCUCACCCCCUCAACCAAUCCAACCCAUUCCAGACCGGUCCCUCUCCGCCCCGCCUCCCCAAAGAAGAGCAAGAAAUAUUCGAGAAACUCCAGCGUCAAUCCACCGGCGCGUUCAGCACGCCUCGCACACCUCCCAAAGUAAACCAACCGGGGGAAGCUGCAGCAUCUGGCACCGAUCAAGAAAACAAGCUCCGCAUCGACGAUGGAGGGGAGUUGCAUCCGGAUUUACGGCAGGGCGUGAAGCCGGAGUUUGAAGGGGAUGUGAAUCCAAAGACGGGGGAGGUUGGAGGCCCGAAGAAUGAGCCGUUGAGAUGGGGUGCCGGUGGGGAUUGGAGUUAUUCUGGGAGGGUUACGGAUUUUUGA